UUUGUCUCCGCCCACAAAGGAAGCGAAAAUAAAAACAAGAAGGUCGAAGCAAAGCUGAUGAUGCAGCUGUAUUCCUGUCAGCACCGGAGUGUCUGAGAAAGUUUGAAUCUUCGGUUCAGUGACAGCUUCAUGUUGAUGCUGUCUGGAAUAAUGUGCAGCCAUUCAUGGGAAUAAUCCGGAUUUUGGCUCCUUAUUUGACUCUACUUCGUCCUAAUUUAGUUCAGAAUCAUCAGCUAAUCAUGGCCAGACGACUUUAUGCGAGCAGAACAAUCGGUGUGGACAAAAACGUUUGGGUCGAAUUCACACAGCUGGCUGCAGAUUAUAAAGCUGUGAACCUCGGACAGGGAUUUCCCGACUUCUCGCCUCCGCAGUUUGUUCAGGAUGCUUUCUGUAAGGCUGUGAGCGGAGGACCCCAGAUGCACCAAUAUACCAGAGCUUUUGGCCAUCCUCGUCUGGUAAAAAGUCUUGCUAAAUUCUUCAGCCGGGUCGUUGGGCAUGAGAUCGACCCCUUUGAAGACGUCUUGGUCACAGUUGGAGCUUAUCAAGCUCUUUUCUGUGCAUUUCAGGCUCUGAUUGAUGAUGGAGAUGAAGUGAUAAUUGUGGAGCCGUUCUUUGACUGCUACCAGCCAAUGGUUCUGAUGGCGGGAGGGACCGCGGUGUAUGUGCCGCUGAGACCGAAAGGGGGCAGCAGCGUCCUGUCAAGUGGAGACUGGGUUCUGUCUGCUGAGGAGCUCACCAGCAAAAUCACUCCCCGCACAAAAGCCAUCAUCAUCAACACUCCAAACAACCCUCUAGGCAAGGUUUACAAGGUUGAGGAGCUCCAGAUGAUCGCCGACUUGUGCAUCAAACACGACCUGCUGUGCUUCAGCGACGAGGUGUACGAGUGGCUCACUUACGACGGAGCCAAACACGUAAAGAUAGCCAGCCUCCCUGGGAUGUGGGAACGAACCGUAACAGUGGGCAGUGCUGGGAAAACCUUUAGUGCUACUGGCUGGAAGGUUGGCUGGGCUAUAAGUUCAGGAAAACUCAUCAAGCACAUGAAAAUCAUCCAUCAGAACUCUGUGUAUCACUGUGCAACAGCAGCUCAGGAAGCCGUGUCCCACGGGUUCGACCGCGAGUACGAGCUGUUCGGGACUCCAGAGAGCUACUUCCAGCAGCUGCCUGCGAUGCUGCACCAAAAAAGGCAGAAGCUGGCCUCGUGUCUGCGUAGUGUGGGCCUGCAGCCAGUCAUGCCAGAGGGAGGAUACUUCAUGAUCACAGACAUCUCCUCCGUCAAUGUAGAUCUAAACGAUGAGAGCACCAAGAAUGAAAGCUACGAUUUUAGAUUUGUCAAAUGGUUGAUUAAGGAAAAGGGCUUAGCGACAAUCCCAGUCUCUGCUUUCUUCAGUCCAGAACACAGCAAAGAGUUUGACAAAUAUAUCCGCUUCUGUUUCGUUAAGGAAGACUCCACACUGGAAGCAGCAGAGGAGAUCUUAAGAAAGUGGAGUCAAAAAGAAUGAAAUUUACCAUCCAUCGUCCAUUUUUUUCUACAGCAACCUACUCAGCCUCCUCAGGAAAACUGUUCAGAAAUCAUGUUUAUGUUUGUGUUUGUCCUCGUCAAAGUUUUUCAGACCACUCUGAAAGUCUAAUAAAGCAUUCAGUAAACAGUUGGUCCGUGUUCACAUCAUGCUUGUGGUGAUUAGCUGCUUCACUCAUUGUUUUUUUUGACAACUACUUGUGUGGAGAUUCUAGUUAUUUUUGUCGCUAAUCUUGUAUUUUUUUUUUUUUUUUUUUUUGAGAGGAUGUUGAAUGCUGGAGUUUCAGAUUGUUACAUACUGGCACAAUAACAAUUGUUACAAUUGUAACAAUUGUUACAGAUUUUUAAUUUUAUAAAUGCAUGUCUUAUUUAGCAUCCUUAGUUUCUGAAAAUGUAUCAGCUAGACAAAUUUUUUCCCCAAAAAAAUGGAAAAAGAAUGUGUGCAUUGCAAACUGUAUGUAAAGAAUUCCAAUUGUGUUCUAGAAAUGUUAAAUAAUUAUUCCCCUUAAAGAUGUUAAAAGCA